GAAUUAAGUUGGCGCCCUUCAUCAUGUAGUGACGUCAAGGUGUUGACAGAGGAUUCAAAACCGAAAUACACCGUACCUGAAAGGAACCAGGUUUCCAUUGCCUAUUUUCGAUUUGUCACGUCUCUCCUAGACAGUGGGACAACAUGAUGAACGUGCUAAUCAAGAUCAACGUGCGCCGCAACCUGAGCCGCUUAUCAGGCAGCGGCAAGAAGCUGCUGAAAAGCAAUAAGUUAUCAGCGGCCGAUAACAGCGUCAAGUCAUCUUCGUUUCACUCGACGCCGGCGGCCAACAUGCGUUACGUGCAGUUCACGGCGGCCAGCGGCGGGCCCCAGCGGCUCGGUGUCCAACUGAGUCAGGACGGCGACAUCAUCGACGUCAGCGGCGUCAACUCGUCCAUCCCCAACAGCCUGGUGCAGUUCCUCGCCGCCGGGCCUGUCCACCAAGAGAAGGCCAAAAGGAUUGUUGCUCAAGGUCAGUCUGUGAUUGCCCUCUCGGAGGUCAAACUGCUGUCGCCUAUCACAAGGCCGGACAAAGUGGUGUGCGUCGGACUCAACUACAGAGACCAUUGUGAAGAGCAAAACAAACCGGUGCCCACCGAGCCUGUUUUCUUCAGCAAGUUCUCUAGCGUCAUUGUCGGCCCCUACGACGAUGUCAAACACCCCACAGAAAUCACCAAAUGUUUGGAUUGGGAGGUGGAGCUGGCGGUCGUGAUCGGCAAGGAGGGCAAGAACAUUCGGCAGGGCAACGCGAUGGACCACGUGUUCGGCUUCACCGUGGCCCAGGACGUGACCGCCAGGGACUGGCAGAAAGGCCACAACGGCGGCCAGUGGCUGCUCGGCAAGUCCAUGGACACGUUCUGCCCGAUGGGGCCGUGCGUCGUGUCCAAGGACGCUGUGCAAGACCCGCACGAUCUUGUGCUUCGCAGCUGGGUCAACGGCGACCAGAAGCAGCAGGGCAACUCCAAGAACCUCGUCUUUCCUAUUGACUUUCUCAUCUCGUAUUUGUCAAAUUUCGUGACUCUGCUGCCUGGCGACGUGAUUCUAACCGGCACCCCAUCUGGCGUGGGCGUCUUCAGGAAGCCGCCGCAGUACUUAAAACCGGGAGACGUGGUCGAAAGCGAAAUCGAAGGCAUCGGCAGACUGAGGAACACCAUUGUCUAAAGGCAGCAAUAGCAGCAAUCAAAAGACUAACAAAAAUUUGUAUAGACCCAUAUUAUGUCAAAUUGCAAUCAACGCACGGCUUUAUUGGACGUACCUCAUUCAGCACGAGCAGCAUGCUUAAAAAUGUCAUGUCAUGUGCCAAUCGCUGCAUUUUACUGCAUUUUUAAAAAGAGAUUGUGGCAUUUUCUUUUGUGUAAUUUAGCUAGCGGAUUAAUUCGGGCAAGACAAAGCCAAGAUUGAUCUCUGUUCAAAUUCCACCGUCACUUUUAACUCUGCUUGCUUGCUGGAAUUAGUUCCGAUUUAGAACAAAAACGCAACAUUCGGAUAUUUCUAAAUUGCACAAGAGGCGAUAUCACGCAGAUAUUGUAUUUUCGUCGCACCAGCAAUAAAAAUGGUCAGAUUAUUA